GAGACGGGUUGCAUAACCAGUCGAAAGUAAAAGGUUUUCGGGGAGGGCAGCAGGCGAGGAGCAGGCCGGGUCAGCUGCCCAGCAGGCAGGCGGGUGUGUCCGGUACAAGCCGGAGCCCCACCGGCUCCGCGGGCGCAGGCAGCUGGGGCGGGGGGAGAUGCGUCUAGGUCAGCGAAGGGCAACGGAAGCCGGACGCCGCCGCAGCUCCAGGGCGUCUAGCGGGAAACCGAGUCCGAUCUAAGGCCGAAUUCGGGCUUCCCCGUCAACGCAGACCCUUCUCAGGCACUUCCGGAGAGAAGCGCGGCGGCCCCGGCUCAGACCCGGCUUCGCUGCGCGCAGGCGCCUCGGGACUGGGAGGCCGCGAACGCGGAGGGAGGGGGCGUGUGCGCCGAAGGAAAGCCUCCUGUGCGCCUGCGCCGUCGGCUCGCCCCAGGGCCGGGGGCAAAACAAACCCGGAGCCGCCGUCGCGCACUCCCGGGACUCCCGGCUGGGGUCGCUCGUCGCUCUUCAGCGCGUCGUCGCGUCGAGUGCCCAGAGAGCUUCGCAGGGGUGCGGGGAGGUGAUCGCAUCCAUUAACAGCCAUGUGCUGCCAAUUCUCAAUCUUUCUCUCAGACUUCUCUCCUGCAUUCCAGAUCCUUAUAUUCAGCUGCCUAGUGGACAUCUCCUCCAGGAUGUUCUCAAGGCAUACAAGAAUUAAAUUCUGAAUAAGUCUACAAGUAGGAUGGACAGUUAUUUUAAAGCAGCAGUCAGUGACUUGGACAAACUCCUUGAUGAUUUUGAACAGAAUCCAGAUGAACAAGAUUAUCUCCAAGAUGCACAAAAAGCAUAUGAUUCUAACCACUGUUCAGUUUCUUCAGAGUUGGCUUCCUCACAGCUAACUUCACUGCUACCAAAGGAUCAACAAUGCAUUAAUUGUGCCUCAUCAGAAACAUGCUAUGAAACAAAUCAGAUUUCCCUGAAUGGAAAAACUCUUGAGGGACUAACUUCUAUACAGAAUGAAAAAAAUGUAACAGGACUUGAUCUCCUUUCUUCUGUGGAUGGUGGCACAUCAGAAGAAAUCCAGCCUUUGUAUGUGGGACGAUGUAGUAAACCUGUAUGUGAUCUGAUACGUGACAUGGGUAACCUCGUUCAUGUAACUAGUAGUGAAGAAGAUAUUAAAAAAUUAUUGCCAGAGGAUUUUAAGUCUAGUGCAGAUUCUUUGAUUGGGUUGGAUUUAUCUGCAGUGUCAGAAACUCCUUGUGUUUCUUCAACAGACCAUGGUAAUGAUACUGUCAGAGAGGAAGAGAAUGAUGUCAUCAGCUCUGAAUUACAAAACAGAGAAAUCAGUGGAACUAAAGAAUUGGCUAUAAAAGCAGAUACAGCUCUUUCAGAUUCAUGUAAUUAUAUGGGAAAAGAAAAUUUACAUGAUCAAAAGAUCUCUAAUCAGUUAGAACCAGUUCUUGAUUUUAACACACCCUCUGCCUUGACUCAACAAAAUUCCAAAAUGUUUGAUGCCAAAGACAGCCUACAACACAAGAAGCAGCCAUGUGAAUUAGUAGAAGCUGAUGGCUGUUCGGUAGAAGAGGAGAUACAUGUAGCAGUCAUAGCUGCCACAGAAUGUUUAAAAGGAGGCAGCACAAGUACUUUGCCUUGCAGUCUUCCAAAAAAUGAAGAUCUGUGCUUAAGUGAUUCAAAUUCAGGAGAUGAAAAUUUCAAAUUACCUGACUUUUCCUUUCAGGAAGAUAGGACUUCUAUAUUUAUAAAACAAUCUGCAAAAGAAGACUCAAGAAAUUUAGAUCCUAAAGAUUAUAAAGAUGUAAUCCAAGAUUCCUCUUCAACUUUACAUGUUUCGGGUGAAGAUACAUACUCCUCUUUAUCCUGUCUUCCAGUACCUGGGUCUUUGUGUGGAUCAUUAGUUGAAAGUAAAGCGUGUGGUGAUGGUUUGCCUCAGAAUGAACAUGAAGAUAAUAUACAAGAUGCAGUGACAGUGCAUAAAGAAAUACAGAAGAGUGUUCUAGGUGGGGAACCAUUGAAGGAGACUGAUCUUUUGAAACAGGAAAAAUGUAAAAACGUACUUCAUCAGCUGUCAGCUGAAAAGAUGGGAGAUAGAAAGGUAGAUCCUGAGCAGAUGGUAAUCAGAGCUGAAUCUUUGGGUUACCCAGAUAACACCAGUUGUUCAGUAGCUGCAGAAUCUCAGAUGGAGCUUUCUGGUGCUAAUGCCCCAGAGUCUCCUGAUGGUUGUGAGGGUCUCGCUUUUUCAAGCAAUGAUAUCGAUGGGCAAGACUUAGAUUACUUUAAUAUUGAUGAAGGCAUGAAAAGUGGUAUGCUAAUUAGUGAUGCUGAGCUUGAUGCCUUUCUGACUGAACAGUAUCUUCAGACUAGUAACAUAAAGUCGUUUGAAGAAAAUGUAAAUGACUCAAAAUCUCAAAUGAGUCAGAUAGAUAUGAAAGACCUAGAUGAUGGAAACGUCAGUAAUGUAUACUUCAAUGCUGAGGCAGGAGCUACUGGGGAAAGUCCUGGUAUUAAUGUGAUUUGUGAAACAGUUGAUAAACAAAAUACAACAGAAAAUGGUGGCCUUUCUUUAGGGGAAAAAAGUACAAUUCCAGUUGAACUAGGGUUAUCCAGUACUAAGUCGGAGAUUACGAAUGACUUAUCAGUCUCUGAUAUUAACAGUCAAUCUGUUCAUGUUGGAGGGGCCAGACCUAAGCAAUUGUUUAGUGUUCCAUCAAGAACAAGGAGUUCAAAGGAACCAAAUAAGCCGGAUGCUCCAAAUGUGACUGAAAGUGAACCCAGCAUAGCAAAUACCAUUGCUCCAACCACCUGUAGUACAGAUUUUACAACUGAUCCUCAGGGUAGCUUCAACUCGAAUUACAUUGAUAUAGAAAGUAAUUUUGAAGGUGGAUCCAGUUUUGUCACCGCAAAUGAAGAAUCUCUACCUGCAAACACUUGCAAGGAAGGCCUGGUUUUGGGCCAGAAACAACCUACUUGGGUUCCUGAUUCAGAAGCUCCAAACUGUAUGAACUGCCAAGUCAAAUUUACUUUUACAAAACGGCGACACCACUGCAGAGCGUGUGGGAAAGUAUUUUGUGGUGUCUGUUGUAAUAGGAAGUGUAAACUGCAGUAUCUAGAAAAGGAAGCAAGAGUGUGUGUAGUCUGCUACGAGACUAUUAGUAAAGCUCAGGCAUUUGAAAGGAUGAUGAGUCCAACUGGUUCUAGUCUUAAAUCAAACCGUUCUGAUGAGUGUGCCACCAUCCAGCCUCUUCAGGAGACUCACACACCCAGUCUAACUUCACCUACAGCUUUACCAAUCUCAGCACUUAAACAACCAUGUGUUGAAGGAUUAUGCUCCAAAGAACAGAAGAGGGUAUGGUUUGCAGAUGGCAUAUUGCCCAAUGGUGAAGUUGCAGAUACAACAAAAUUAUCAUCUGGCAGUAAAAAAUGUUGUGAAGACUUUAGUCCUCUCUUACCUGAUGUACCCUUGACGGUAAACACAGUGGAUCAUGCCCGUUCUACUACAGUGGAAAAAACAAUGAAUGAGAUAGGAGAUAUUACAAGAAAGGAGAUAAUUCAGAGUCCUAUUUCUCAGGUUCCAUCUGUGGAAAAACUGCCUAUAAACUCAGGAACUGAGGGCUUACCUAGUUCUGGUUCUUUUACACUAGAUGAUGAUGUUUUUGCAGAAAUUGAGGAACCAUCUAGUCCUACUGGUGUCUUAGUUAACAGCGAUUUACCUGUUGCUAGUAUUUCAGAUUAUAGGUUACUAUGUGAUAUUGACAGGCAUGUUUGCAAUAAGAUUAGCCUUCUACCUAAUGAUGAGGACAGCUUGCCCCCUCUUCUGGUUUCAUCUGGAGAAAAGGGAUCAGUGCCUGUAGUAGAAGAACACCCAUCUCAUGAGCAGAUUAUUUUGCUUCUUGAAGGAGAAGGUUUUCAUCCUGUUACAUUUGUCCUGAAUGCUAAUCUACUCGUGAAUGUCAAGUUAGUAUUUUAUUCCUCAGACAAAUAUUGGUACUUCUCAACCAAUGGAUUGCAUGGCUUGGGACAGGCAGAAAUUAUUAUUCUAUUGUUAUGUUUGCCAAAUGAAGAUACUAUUCCUACAGAUAUCUUCAGACUAUUUAUCACCGUGUAUAAGGAUGCUCUAAAAGGAAAAUACAUAGAAAACUUGGACAAUAUUACCUUUACUGAGAGUUUUCUCGGUAGCAAGGAUCAUGGAGGAUUUCUGUUUAUUACACCUACUUUUCAGAAACUUGAUGAUCUCCCAUUACCAAAUAAUCCUUUUCUUUGUGGAAUUCUUAUUCAGAAGCUAGAGAUUCCCUGGGCAAAGGUUUUUCCUAUGCGUUUAAUGUUGAGAUUGGGUGCAGAAUAUAAAGCAUAUCCUGCUCCUCUAACAAGUAUCAGAGACCGAAAACCUCUUUUUGGAGAAAUAGGACACACUAUUAUGAACUUACUUGUUGACCUUCGAAAUUACCAGUAUACCUUGCAUAAUAUAGAUCAGCUAUUGAUUCAUAUGGAAAUGGGGAAAAGCUGCAUAAAAAUACCUCGGAAAAAAUACAGUGAUGUAAUGAAAGUAAUAAAUUCUUCUAAUGAGCAUGUCAUUAGCAUUGGAGCUAGUUUUAGUACAGAAGCAGAUUCUCAUCUAGUCUGUAUACAGAAUGAUGGAGUUUAUCAAACACAGGCCAGCAGUGCCACUGGCCAUCCUAGAAAAGUGACAGGUGCAAGUUUUGUGGUAUUCAAUGGAGCUCUAAAAACGUCUUCAGGAUUUCUUGCGAAGUCCAGCAUAGUUGAAGAUGGCUUAAUGGUACAAAUAACUCCAGAGACCAUGGAAGGCUUGCGGCUAGCUCUACGAGAACAAAAAGACUUUAAAAUUACAUGUGGGAAAGUUGAUGCUGUAGACCUGAGAGAAUAUGUGGAUAUCUGCUGGGUAGAUUCUGAAGAAAAAGGAAACAAAGGUGUUAUUAGUUCAGUAGAUGGAAUAUCAUUAGAAGGAUUUCCAAGUGAAAAAAUAAAACUGGAAGAUGAUUUUGAAACUGAUGAGAAGAUUGUAAAGUGUACCGAGGUGUUUUACUUUCUAAAGGACCAGGAUUUAUCUGUUUCAGCAACUCGUUAUCAGUUUGCAAAAGAAAUAGCCAUGGCUUGUAGUGCUGCACUGUGCCCUCACCUGAAAACUCUAAAGAGUAAUGGGAUGAAUAAAAUCGGCCUCAGAGUUUCCAUUGACACUGAUAUGGUUGAAUUUCAGGCAGGAUCUGAAGGCCAACUCCUUCCUCAACAUUAUCUCAAUGAUCUUGAUAGCGCUCUAAUCCCUGUGAUCCAUGGUGGGACCUCCAGCUCUACUAGUUUACCAUUAGAAAUAGAAUUAGUAUUUUUCAUUAUAGAAAAUCUUUUUUAGUGAAAGGAUUUGGGUCAUAUUGUAUAUUGCAAACUGAUCUGUUAAAACUAACUCCAGCACUAAAGCUGAAAUGCCACAAACACUAAAAGUAAAUAUAUUUAAUGUUUGAAAUACGUAAGCUUUGCUUUUUAAGGCAGGAAUGAUUUUUUUAAAUCAUUAGCACAAUAUUUAAAUCUGUAAAAAUUUAAGAGAUCUACAGUUUUUGAAGCUUUACAUUUAAUACAAGUACUAAAAAGACAAGGAUUUCUUCUGCCUUUAAGAAAUUUGUAGCAUUUACUGUGUUAUUUAAAUGCUAAGCCAAAGUAUCUGCACUUAGGUAUACCUCUUUAUGCCAAGAAUGAUUUAAUGAAGGCUCUUUUCAGAUGUCACCUUACAAGGGAAAUAGCUGCUUUGUGUAUUUGAUUUCUAAAGUCUAUUAAAAAUGUAUUUCAGUGGCACAGACCAGUUUCCAGAACUUAGACUUACAAUUCUUUGAAUAAGGCAGAUAACUUAUUUGUAUAACUGGAGUGGAGACCUACCUCCAUGAUUAGACAAACUGUUUGGAUUAAAAUCAGAAUUUUGCCUUUUUCUUCUCAAAUUAUAUAUAUAUAUAUAUAUAUAUAUAUAUAUAUGGUUUUUUCUUGAUUAAAUGGGUAUUCUUAAAAUAAUUGUGGGUGCUUCAGGAUUUUGUGCUUCUAUAUUUAAGUAUAUUGUUUUUAUAGCGAGAACAUGUGAUUCAGUAUGUUUUAUAAAUCUUUAAUAAUUUAUAAAUAGGUAAUAUUUUUGUAUUGCAGUACAUUAUUUUUCCUCCUUUCUUUCCAAGGUAUUUCACUGUAUUUACCACUUCUAAGACUGAUUGACGACAGGCCAGAUGACCCUUGAAGUAGUCAUUAUGUAGCAAUAAAUGAAGCCUGAAAAAGGUUUUUUUUGUCUUUUAACUUCUCCUUUAAACCUUAGAAGUUUCUUGGCAAGUCUGCAUAUUUUCAUUGACACCAAUGUAUUAAAUAUAAAUUUUAAUGAACUAAGUACUUUUGCAUAUUUUAAAUUCUUUACAUGGUAGUUAUUUUUUAUAACAGGAUAUUAACAUAAGUUAAAUUCUGUGUAUUUGAAACUGUUACAGAGCUUAAGCCUCUUUACUUCAAACAGCAAAAAAAACUAUGUUGCAUUAAAAAAAGUAAAGGGCAUAUUUUAGUUAGAGCUGUCAUUUAAGUUAUAUAAAAUAUAAUCAUUUUGUUGCUUUUUUUAUUCUUAUGUGGAAUAUGUAUGUUUUUGUAUCAAAAACACUCAUUGUAUAUCUCAAGAAAAAGAAACUACACUAAAUAGCCCUGUUUUAAGAAAAAUAUUUACCAAGCAUCUCAACUGGAAGACCCAGUCAGGGUUAUAACUCAGGAUCUGAAGUCUCAGGCCAGGAGAGACUGGGAACGCUAAUCAGUUGGGUCAUAUGCUUCUUCCUGAAUCAUAUCAGUAGUACUCGCCAAAAACAGCAUGGAGGAGAGUAUCAGUCUUCUGGCAGUAGCUACUUCAUGAACGAUGUAAAAUGUUGCAGACAUCAAAUAAAAUGGCAACACGUAAUAACUUGUGAAAUUUAUUGACAUGGUGUAAGGUAAAAACAAUUAUAUAUAAAUUCCAUUUAUAUUAUUUUUCUUUAUAUGGUGUGUGUUUCUUUUGCAGUAUAAGUAAUUGCACAAUCUAUGAAUACUGAACUUUCAACCUUAAAAUAACCAAACAGUGGAGGACUCUUCCCAUGAUGAGAUAGCUUUGGAUUUGUUUUCUUAAAGUCACUACAUUUAAUAAAAAUUGGAAUUACUUGCCUUUGGAGGCACACUUCAGAGUAUUCUUUGUAGAUGUGUACUAUGUUUCUGAAUGUAUUUGUUACUUAUUUGGUCAUGUUCUUCAUAUUGCUACUUAAUUUUUUUAAAGGUGAAGAAUCAGAAUGUUUCUUUGUACUCAGUCUGCAACGAUCUAUUUUUGGUCUUAUGCCUUUUAAUACUACUCUCUUUCUCUGAAUUUUGAAAUAUGAAGUAAAAUCUAGUUUGUUUGUUGUA